CCCGACCCGGCGUGAGAAAAAGCGGACCGCAGAGCUGGGGCGGAAUUCCAGCCGAGCAGCAACUUCCGGAAAGCUGGGUGCAUCGUCAGAAACGUACCUGUGUGGAAACACCGCCCGAGGAGAAAGGUAUGCUGGUUCUAUCCUGCCAGGUAUGCCCCUCCGAGCUUCCGAGCCAGCCCAUGCCAUUCAGUGUUAUCACUUCACUUUCAGAGUGUGUCAACACACCUGCAGACACAAGAACAACGCUGCAAUUCUAAAAUGAUCCAAGCCACCGGCCGGAGGGAUCCUGAAGUUUCAGCUAGUGACAGAAAAGAUGAAGAUGACGAUGACACGAUAAUAAAUCUGCAAUUGUUUCCAUAUUCAGAAGCUGGGGAUGAUUCAAAUGAUGGGAUCCUGAAGCGUUCCAGCACUCUGACAAAUCGCCAGCGUGGCAAUGAAGUGUCUGCCUUGCCGGCCACUUUGGAUACUCUGUCCAUUCACCAGCUUGCAGCUCAGGGUGAACUGAACCUGUUAAAGGAAAACCUCCGAAAAGGUGAGAACCUACUGAACAAGCCAGAUGAGCGAGGAUUCACCCCUCUGAUGUGGGCCUCGGCUUUUGGAGAGAUUGAAACCGUCCGCAGCAUGCUAGAAUGGGGUGCAGAUCCCCACAUCCUCGCUAAGGAGCGAGAGAGUGCCUUGUCUCUCGCCAGCACAGGAGGAUACACGGGCAUUGUCACCUUGCUGUUGGAGAAGGCCGUGGACAUCAACACCUAUGAUUGGAAUGGUGGGACUCCGCUGCUUUAUGCUGUACGGGGCAAUCACGUGAAAUGCGUUGAGGCCUUGUUAGCCCGCGGCGCAGACCUUACCACCGAAGCAGAUUCUGGCUAUACUCCAAUGGACCUCGCGGUGGCUUUGGGUCAUAAAAAGGUCCAGCAAGUGAUUGAAAAACACAUUCUCAAGUUAUUGCGGAACAAGGAAAGAAAUGACAAAAGGGAAGAGUCCAAGUGAUGAAUAGCUCCGUUUUCUCCUCCGGAAUCGAAGAAGUGGAUGGAAGGGGGUCUUUGAGACAGGCACCUUCCAUGCCAGCCUACAGAGAUGGUGCGGAACUGGGCAUUUUCAGACAACAGGGUACAGAAAGAAGCACCUGAGUUUUUUCCAAAAGAAACUCUGCCUUCUUGACUUCAGUGGCUUACAGGAUCCCGAUAUCAAGCCUACUUUCUUCUCAAGGAAUUGCUAAUUUACCUGCUCCUGCAGAUUUAUGGAAACUUCUCCUGAAUGCCAUACCAUACAUUUUGGGGGUUGAGGGGGUGGGGGAGGAAACUGUAUUGAGCAGAACCUUCCUUUAGGUCAGGAGCCUCCAA